AUGGACAGCAACCUGCCCCCAACCGCAGCCACCGAGGCCGUCCUCGUCCAAUCAGUCGACAUGCCCUCAGACGCCCAAAAAGUAGAAGAGCUCGACUUCAACGCCUUCAAAGGCCGGCCCAUCACCGUCGACGACCUCCUCCAGGGCAUGAAGCACAUGGGCUUCCAAGCCUCCUCCAUGUGCGAAGCCGUCCGGAUAAUCAACGACAUGCGCACCUGGUCAGAUCCCUCCGACCCCUCGGCCAAAACCACCAUCUUCCUCGGCUACACCUCCAACCUCAUCUCCUCCGGCCUCCGCGGCACCCUCCGCUACCUAGCCCAGCACUCCCACAUCUCCGCCAUCGUCACCACCGCCGGCGGCGUCGAGGAGGACUUUAUCAAGUGCCUCGGCGACACCUACCUCUCCUCCUUCGCCGCCGAGGGCUCCUCCCUCCGCAAGCAAGGGCUCAACCGCAUCGGGAACCUCGUCGUCCCCAACAAGAACUACUGCCUGUUUGAAGAUUGGGUCGUGCCCAUCCUGGACAGGAUGCUCGAGGAGCAGGAGGCCUCCAAGGGUACCGAAGACGAGAUCAACUGGACGCCCUCCAAGAUUAUCCACCGGUUGGGCAAGGAGAUCAACGAUGAGAGGAGCGUCUAUUACUGGGCGUACAAGAACAACAUCCCUGUUUUCUGCCCGGCGCUGACGGAUGGGAGUUUGGGGGAUAUGCUGUAUUUCCACACGUUCAAGGCGUCGCCGAAGCAGUUGAGGGUGGAUAUCGUCGAAGAUAUCAGAAAGAUCAACACCAUUGCUGUGAGGGCCAAGAGGGCAGGCAUGAUUAUUUUGGGAGGCGGGAUUGUGAAGCACCACAUAGCCAAUGCGUGCUUGAUGAGAAACGGGGCCGAGUCGGCCGUGUAUGUUAACACGGCUCAGGAGUUUGACGGCAGUGACGCCGGUGCGAGACCAGAUGAGGCGGUCAGCUGGGGAAAGAUCAAGAUCGGUGCUGAUGCAGUCAAGCUAACAUCGCAACAGGUCUACAUGGAAGCCACAGCCGCCUUCCCCUUCAUCGUAGCCAACACCUUUGCAAAAGAAGACUAG